UAACUGCACAAAUUAGUUCUUCUGUAAAUUCCUUUGCCCUCCUCCUCCUCUCAAACAGCAAGCAAGCAAGCCAGCGCAUCCAGCGCAUAUUUUCGCCGCGGCUCCAGUUCACCUUGUGUUUACGCGUGAGAACGGAAGUACCUGGCGUGCCUAUUGUUUUGCUGGGCCAGAAAAUUUCGGCCCCUAUAUUGGUCGGCCGCUGAUUAUGCAGCAGGCGAAGGAAAGCGCCGUCUUAAGUGCACCUGUCUCCUACUGGUGAGCGUCCUUUUCGUCCCUGAGAAGAAUGGACCUGAAGGAAUGGACCUGAGUGCAUUCCUGCCGUCUUACUCACUGCCUUAACCGUCUGUGGCACCUGAUAAGUGACCUCGACCCCUUUUGUUGUCACCACCGGUGCCCAGACGCACCUGCAGCUAUAAAUUCCCGUCCCGCGCAGGGAAGAUGUGACGAGAGAUGAGAGGCAGUGGACCGAGGCUUGGGUUUUAAUUGAGCUGUUCAUCAUGUUGCUGCCUGAAAAACAGUGAAAAAAAACGAGACGUCAUGGGGUUCUGUUCGAAGACGCGAUUUCUCCAAAUAAUCUGCGCCCUACAGAUUGCGACGACAGCCUUGCGCCAGGUGUUUGACUUCCUUGGCUUCAUGUGGGUUCCCAUCCUGACCAACUUCUUCAACAUAAUUUUCUGCAUCUUCGGCUAUUUCGGAGCGCAUGAAUACCGAUAUCGAUAUGUCCUUACGUACUGUUUAUGGACCGUCCUGUGGGUGGCUUGGAAUUUAUUUGUGAUCUGUUUUUACUUUGAAGUUGGCAUCUUGGAUAAAAAUGGAGAUGCCUUGAAUAUGGGCCUUGGUAGCUACAGCUGGUGGGAAGCAAACGGUCCAGGGUGCAGACCCACCUUUCCUGUGAAUGUCACUGAAGAUGAGUUGAUAGACGGCGAGCCCCUCAAGCCGCUCAAAGUUACUGAAUGUUUUGUUGCCUACGAAAUUGUUGAAGCCUCUCAAGCGGGAUUUCAAGCUUUCCUUGGUUUUCUUGGUGAGAUCAUCGCCAUUUUUGCCAUCAGGUCAAUGCUUGACGAAGAUGACAGUUCUCAACUGGUGGGUAAAAAGAGCCGUCCGUCCUCCAUCUACUCCAUCGAGUACAGCCAAGAAAACCCACGAAGUGCAACACCUGACCGGCUUUCUAUGGGUAGGAGCAGCGGCCACCAAAACCGAGCAGCAACGAUGGACGAUGAGGACGAAGAUGACGAGGAUGGUGCCGCAGGCGGACCCCGCACCAAACCAAUGACCCCUCGCAGGGUCAAGAGGCGCAGUGGAUCACGAAGUUCAACUAGAUCAAAGCACGGCCAACACUCGAACCCCGUGUCCCGGCUGCUGGAUCAGCAGGAGCGGCGGCUGGCGGGCCACUCGAACCCCACAUACCAGAGUUCCUCGCAACAGUCGCUUGACCGACCGCCGUCCAGUUUCUCCAACUAUCACGGCCAGCGGUCUUUAGGCUCCGGGCCUGGUCCUGUUUCACACAAUCCUCAGCCAGGCCCCUCCACAUCCACUGGGUAUCGAAACAGCUACCGGAGGCACCAGCACCAAGCGCCACCCCCUUACAACGGUCACACACGACCAAACUCGUACGGCCACGCAAACUCUGAAACUGUGUUGUAGCGCACGCCAGAGACCCGAUUUGAAUUGAACGUUGGUGAAUUGGGUCUCGCUGACUGACUGACUAUUGAAAGUGCGAGUGACUAGCUUAAAAGGGCUUUUGCACAAAUUUUGUGUUCAGGGCUGAUCUAGGCUCGAGUUUUGACUCUUUGUUUAUUGUCGGUUUCUUUUCUUCCCUGAAGAAGGUUUUCCUUGACAAUUAAUUUUUUUGGGCUAAUCUGAUUAGUCGUCGACUUUUAAAUUAAAUCAAAACCAGUGAUUUUAAUUUUGAUAAGUGCUAAAUUCAAAACGAACCCUUGAGCCCAGAAAUAUAGAACCCUGCUUUGAGAAAUAUUUAUCAUGUACAGAUAUGUAGCGAAUGCAACGCUUCUCACUGAUUAAUCAGUGCUCAAUUUUGAAUUGCAUAUUAACAACAGAUAAUAUUUAUUUUAUUGCUUUUGAUCUAAAAUGAAUUGCUUUCUUCUUGCAGCUUAAAAGGUGAUUUAUCAAAUCCAAAUUUCACUGCCAAAUAUAUUAUGUAAAUGUGAGUGGCUUGUUUGGUUCAUUUUGUUGAUCGAAACAAUAAGGCUGAAUUUGAACUCUCUUAAAAAUUGUGAAAUUGUUAAUAAUAUUUUGCAUCUCUAUCACAUGUACUAAGCAACAAACAGCUUCCACACUUGGAAUAAUAAUAAUAAUUUUCAAUGUGCUACUAAUUUCUUUCAAAAGCGCUGAAAGAAAAAGACAUUUUUACAUUAGAUUCUACAAAUCCGUUAAUUUGUUCUUGUUUCUGCGUCAAUUGUUUUUUCAGUCUUUUUUAAGCAAUUGGAACAAACUGAAAAAUUUAAACCAAGAAUCUCAAUUUGUACUUCGAAUUUAUAAUUCUCAUUUAUCUACAUAGCUAUUAAGAUCAAAUUUAGUCACUGCAUGUGGAUCUCUACUCUCUAAUAAUACAUAUUACAAAAAUUUAUUGUUUUAACUGCUGCGACAUAAUGUACAGUGAUAUUAUGAAUUUGAAAAUUUUAAUGGCGUCCUAACUCAAACAAUUUUGUCUGCUUUGCAUGGUGGUGCUGACAAAUGUGAAUGUACGUCCUAGAACAUUAAUCCGAGUUAAGCUUGUAAAUAUUUUUACCUCAACUCAGGCUCAAAUUAUUAAGGACUAAAUUCCAGAUGCACCAAAUUUUUAUUGGAAUUUGAUAGUACCGAUUAAUUAGUAAGUGGGCCUUAUACAAUAAUUACACAAUUAGAUAAAAUCGAGACAAAUUUUUUUUAAUUUUAUAUACUUAAAUAAUAACUUAUUGACAGAUGUGGCAAACGAGACAAAUGCAAUAGUUAUUCAAUAUACGCAAUAUACAUCAAGAGCAGUUUUUGUUAAAUCUUCAAUGAUAAUUAUGCAAUUAUAUAUACAACGAGUAGAUUAAAAACCUUUACCAAAGCUCAGAUCAUAAUAGCAAAAAAGCAAUAGAUUGAAUAGAUGUAACUAAAUAUCAUUUUCUUGACUGUUGAUUGUAGAAAUUUUGAGAGCAAAAAUAGUUAAAACUGGUGGUUCUUAAUAUGAUUUUGAUGAUUUUUAUUUUAAAGUUGAUUAUAAAUUUAAAUUAUGACGAAGAAAUCUUGUAUUAAAUAAAAUGUAAUGUAAUUUGCAGUACUUUAAAUGUCUUUCAAACAAAUAAAAUUUUAAGAAUUCAUGAA